UCGAGGGGAUUAGAGAGCAAACUCUGGAGAGGAUUAGGGAGGAUUAACUAGAAGCAGAAGCAGGCACGCAAUAAUGGGCAAGAAAAAGGUGGCCACGGAGGAUUUGGUGGUGCCGCCGCAGGAUACACGCAUCUGUGGCACCAUCUGCAUAUGCCAGAUGACGCUGGUGCUCAGCUCCGUGGCGCUGGUCUAUCUCACCGUCGCCAUUUAUAUGCCAUCGACGCGCGCCUUUAAGAGCGGCAUCGAUCCGACGCCCGUCAUGUGCACAACGACGCGGGCGGUGAACAAGGACAACUGCGAGUGGGGCAGCUGCGGCGAAUGGUGCCUGAGCAAGACAUCUGGCGCCUGCAUACAGAUCUAUGUGAAUCUGCGCGCCAAUGGCACAAAUCUCACCUUCCAGAACUGCACGAAUUCGGCGAACAAGACGUGCUACGGCAUCGAUCAGGAUCGCGCCGACAAGGCGCGCUGCAUCAACGACGAGUGCAAGAAUCUCACGGGCACUUUUAAUUGCACGGCCGGACAAUGCCUCAACAUAACGGACGCCUUCGAGUGCGUCUUCCACAACAGCGAUGCGCCCGUAAAGUGCUCGGGGCGACGCGGCAAGAUCAAUUGCAUGGACAUCAGCGGAUUGUUCUCGUGUAGUCGCGGCACGUGCCGCAAAAUACGCACGCCGUACAAUUGCGAUAGGCGCUGCGUGGACAUCCCGACGCGGAACAAGAACGUGGUGGUGCUCAGCGGGGACAAGGUGUAUUUGUCGCAAUGCCAGAAUGCGAUCAAUGCCGAGACCUUGGAGGAGGUGUGGAACGAGUCGAACGACAACGUGGCCAUGACAUCGUGCUAUUACAUCAAGAACACGUCGGAUCGCGUCGAUGCGGUCGACUGCAUCAAUGGCUCCACGCUGGAGCACAGCAUGCUCAGCGAUCUGACCAACUUUACAUAUCUCAGCCAUUUGCAUGUGUCCGUCGCGACUCAGGUGCCGGAGAUAGCGCCGCCCGACGUCGACCUGACCAUUUCGAAUGAGUCCAAGCUGAUGAUCAAUCUGGAGGGCUGCGUCAAUACGCUGCAGGAUGAGUGCAAGGAAUUCCUGAAGGUUUUCGGCCGCGAUGGCAGCGAUCACAAUGCCCGGGCACGUUUCCCCUGCUUCUAUUCGCCAUCCAAGAAGGAUAUCGUUGUGGCCCGUUUCGAUCUGGAGGUCACCUAUCGCCAGUUUGUGUUCGCCUCGGUCGUGCCCUCGGUGCUGUUCGUGAUAUCCUGUUCGAUUCUAAUACUAUGCCAGACCACCGUCUAUGUGGGCGACGAUGCCAAGAUGCGUUUCAAGGGCUGCGUCGACACCGCAUCCGUUCUGUCCAAGACCAACGCCGGCGCACCGACCAGCGGCGACAUGGCCGCCGGCGGCGGCGGCGGUGGCGACGAAGUCAUGGCCCUAUGAGAUCCGUCACGCAUUCCUCUGCUCCAGGAAGACAGUCCGGUGCAUCAGACGGGCGUCUUCGCUUUGCAGUAAAUGGAGUUGGGCAUUGUUAUCAAUCGCAACACUUUGUAAUCCUUCCAUCGAACUUCUAACAGACCACAGACACCUGAGCGGCUUGCAAGGACACAACUGAGCUAACACAGCAAAAUCACAAAGAAAAAUAUAUAAAACAUAACAAAACUCUACACCACAUGCGAGGCACGUGAAAAUUCUCGAGUUACGGAACAGAAUCAGAAGACAAUAUUAGUAUAAUUUAUAUAUAUAUCUUUUUCGGAUAGAUUAGGCCACAUACUGAGAGUAAUUGGCGUCGGCGAAUGUUGAUUCGAUUAUUUAACUUUAAGUUGAUAUCCAUAUAGAGAAUACAUAAAUGCACUCAAUGCACGGGGCACAGACACACACACAAUCCACAAUCAGACAGAGACACAGCCACAUGAAGACAACACCCACAAAAAGGGGAUUAGAAUCGGCCCUUAGGAGCAGGCGGAUAAUAUCAGCAAUGGUCAAACGGUUUGGAGGGAUGCGUGAUCAAAACUAAGAAGAUUUCAACAAAACUAAAGACAACUAGAAAAAAAACUAAAAACAAAAAAAACGUUAAACUAACAAACAAAAUUUAGCUAAAAUUAAAGCAAAAUCCAAUUGCAAUUUUAAAAACCAAAAACAAAGACUUAGACUAAAGACAAAAAACCAAAUCCAUUUCGACAAGACGAAAAGCAAAGAGAGAGAAACUUGCGGGUUAACAAAAAAGGAGAAGUUAAGGUAACUUUAGGCUAAGGGGAGAGCGGAGACGUAAAGUUGUUUAUUGUUGUAGGCUCGGCGAGCAGCAAAGUUAGCGGUGUUCAUUUUUAAGGCUUUUAGUGAUAAAAAUUACAAAAAAAAAACCAAAAGAAACAAAAACUUUUAUCCACACACACGACACACACUCGAUAAAAAGUAAUCAUGAAGAAGAGCUCAACGCUGA